AUGUCGGGGGUCCUGCUGUAUGCAACCCCACCAGUGGAGUUUGAGUCCGAGACACCCUCCACGGGCACUGUGUUCUCCAUUUGGGUCUGCACUGAUGUCCAGACCGGACAGAAUUGGUGCUGCCAUGAGGCUAUCGCGGGUGACAUGGAAAGGCCCACGAAGACCAGCGAGCUCUGGCAGCCAGAUCUCGCUAUACACAUCCUGGAGAAGUUAUGCACCUUGGAAAGAGUGCCUUAUCACCAGCAGCCUCUCGACUCAAUUCUCGAAGGCUAUCGGGUCGGCUGGUCUCAGAAGUUGUCUUGGGUUGAUGUAUUUAUCAAAGUGUGA